AUGUCAGACCAAGUGAAUUCCUCAAGCUAUCAUUCCAUCGAAACUUUUACUGGAACAAACUACUCCAAGUGGAAACAAGAUCUGGCUAUAUCUCUAGGAUUAUUGGAUUAUGACUUUGUUCUCAAGGAAACUCCUCUCAAAGCACCUGCCACCGAUGCUUUUGUAGAAAUCAAGGCUCGGUAUGUCAAAUGGGAAAAGGCUAAUAGGAUGACCAUGUUAAUCAUGCAGAGGUCUAUGGCAUCUUCUGUUAAAUGCAGCAUUCCAAAAACAGAAAGUGCAAAGGAGUAUCAUGAGUUCAUAGCUCAGAGGUUCAAAGUUUCUGAAAAAUCUGCCAAGAGCUCACUGUUGAACAAACUGAUUGACAUGAAGUAUUAUGGGCAAGGGUGUGUUAGAGCUCAUAUUAUGAACAUGAUUGACAUUGGAGCAAAACUACAAGAGUUGAACAUGACAGUAGAUGAGGAUAUGAUGGUGCACUUUGCAUUGAACUCACUGCCUAAGGAUUUUAAAUACAUAUAUAGCUUAGAAAGAAAGUUGGACACUCAAUGA